GUACUCCUUUGCACUUCCGCGUUCGUUUCAUCACCGACUACACAUUUAUAAUCUAUAAUAGCGAUGCCAAAGUAAUACUCGUGAUUUAUACGACCCACAAAGGAUGAUAUUAGUUGGACGUUAAGUGAGACUGACUUUAAAUUAGCAGUUUUUCCCGUUUAUCGGGGAGUCACUCGGUGACUACUUAUCUUGUCAGUAAUUACCACCUCUUUGGCAAAUGCUGUUUUACUUCCUGUUUCUCAACCACAUUGAAGAUUAUUUACGAGAGCAGCGACUGUAGUAGUACAAGUACUACUAAGUAUACCGCAAUGUCUGGGAGUCCAGCCGUCGUGCUGCGCUUGGUGGCGUCCGCCUACACUGUGGCUGAAAAGGCUGGAGACAUUGUGAGGAAGGUGCUUCACCGUGGAGAACUUGGUAUUGUUGAAAAGGAUGGCGCUAAUGAUCUGCAGACAUUAGCAGACAGACUUGCACAGAAGAGCAUUUGUGCUUCACUGUCCAGACAUUUCCCUAAAGUAACAAUCAUUGGAGAGGAGGACCUUUCACCUGAGGAGGUGACAGAGGACUUGAUUGAAAAUGGCCACGCAGAAGAAAUCCUCAAGAAAAUGUGUCCUGCUGAAUAUAGUAGUGUGAAAGAAGAAGAGCUCGUUGUGUGGGUGGAUCCUCUUGAUGGCACAAAGGAGUAUACUGAAGGCCUCCUCGACAACGUGACCGUGCUUAUCGGAAUCGCGUACGCAGGCAGAGCAAUCGCAGGUGUCAUCAACCAGCCAUUCUACAACUACCAGCUUGGGCCGGGGGCACAACUGGGAAGAACCAUGUGGGGAAUUCUGGGACUGGGCGCCUUCGGAUUUCAGUUGCAGGAAGGUCCAGACGAUAAACGCAUCGUCACAACCACACGGUCGCAUAGCAACAAGAUUGUAACCGAGUGCGUUAAUGCCAUGGAACCUGAUGAGGUUAUACGAGUGGGCGGUGCGGGAAACAAGAUCAUUCAGCUUAUUGAGGGGAAGGCUUCGGCCUAUGUCUUUGCAAGUCCAGGAACCAAGAAGUGGGACACGUGUGCUCCUGAGGUUAUCCUGCAGUGCGUCGGAGGUAAACUGACCGACAUGCAUAACAACGCAUACUGCUAUGACGCUAAAGUCAAGCACCUGAACUCUGCGGGUGUUCUUGCGACACUAAGAAACCACGACUACUACAUCAGCAGAGUACCACAGUCGGUGCUGCGAGCCCUGAAGGCUGACUGAACAUCUACUGUACAGUAGGUGCAUCUCAUAGACACACACACCUACACACACACACACUGCCAUCUGUAAUGGACCCUUUUUAGAAUUCCGUUAUUGGUGCUUUUAAUGAGUUCACUAAUUUGACUAAAUCACACUUCCUUACAAAUCACAACAUAGUUGAAUUAUUUCCUAGGUGUGAUGGGUGCAUGUGUGUUAAUCCACUCCCACUGCCAGUGGAUGGCUGUGAGGGUUGUAAGAAGUGUAGUACUGUACUGGUAUGUGUUUCUAUUAAAUACAGAAUAGUGACCAAACAGUGGAAUCCUCUUCCUGAUGGAUUAUUCUUAGGUAUUCCAUCUAGUCCAAGCUUCCCAUAUUCAUUUUGUACAUGUUGACAGCCCAUGUUUACAUCCCAAAUGUGAAGACUCACAUGACUAAAGGGUUUAUAAGCUUUUAUAUUUGCAAUAAUGCCAAUUAUGGAAAUAUUGAGCCCCUGAAAAUGCAUGUAUUCUACCAAAAAUGACUAGUUCCCAAAUGAUAAUUCAUAUUUUUAAAGUUGAAUAUCUGCACAUCCUUUGAAAUAUGUAGUCAAAUUAAUUUAAUGUAUUCAUAUCUGGUCAGUAUAACAAAUUUGAAACCUGUAAUACUGUUUUGAUUAUGACGAAAUGUACACAAUUACCAGUGCUAUACUGCGUGUGACCUGAGGGGGUCACUAUAUACUCUUUUGUAAAAGCCACUACAACCCCGCCUGACAGUACUUUCUAUGAAACCGUAAAGGGUUUGUUUAAAUCAUUUUCUGGACCUGUUGGUGUUUUUUUUUUUUGUCGUCCCAUUUUAGGGAAUGUGUGUAAUUACAUUAAUCCAGGGGAAAAAAAAGUACAUUCAAGUUCUACACGUGUGCAAACACAUACUGACAAAUAUUACCCGAUUUACAUAGGACUAAAAUCAACAUUGUAUCAAAAAGAUGUAGUAUGGUCAUGUGACUCAUUAAAUGUACAAUCCUUCAAACCUUACAUGUAAGGACCAGAAUGUUUUGGUUUUUUUGGGGUUGUGUCAGUCCAGCUUUGGUUCUUCUUUCUCGAUCUUCUAACCUGAUAGGAAUCUACAACCAUUUUCGGUACAAAAAUCCUUUUUAUAAGUGCAAUCACCUCAGAUAAACAUAUUACCCGAUGAUACUUCAAGCACUGUGUAUAAAAGUCUUAAGCUGUAGUGUUUCUUCCACGGACAACCUAUCGUGGUAGAAGCUCAGUCCGGUCAGCAGUUCGAUGUCACGCACGCGGGCGGCGUGCAGCUGCAUCCAGUCCUCCAACCACUUAAAAUCUGAGUCCGUCUGGAGAGAACAGGGGGACACAUUGAGAGGUGCGGCCGUAGUAGGACACACGAUGCGUUUGACACACGAUGGCGUUUACUCACAGAGCAGCUCUCUGUGUAAUCGGCUCUGUGGGGUAGGAUGAAGGAGCGGACUUUAAGAGGACCCUUGCAGUUGGAAGGAGCCAAAGUGGAAUUGCCACAACUGGUCAGGAUCACAAAGAAAUGUGUAGGGAUGUGGGCCUCGUUCCUGGAGAAGGAGAGACUGUCAUUUCUGGGAAUGGUGUCCUAAAACCACUUCCGGUAUGGUCUCGAGUUUGUCAGAUUAGUGCAGCGUGUUUUUUUUUUUUUUGCAUGUAUGAUUAAUUUAAAAAAAUCAAAUAGACAAACAAAAAUGUGUGACGGACUCACGGUGCAGAUGUCUUGUAGGCGUCAACCUUUCCAUUAUAGUCUUCAUCAAAUAUUGGCCCACUCAGGACGUUUAUCCCAUCCAGCUGAUUUGCAUACCA